UAACUCAGAAAUAGGUAGUAGAGGGUAGGGGGUCAGUGAGAGAAUAUGGGGUGUUGGGUAUGUGGUUUGCCAGCGAAGAAGCAGAAGGAUCAAUACUUUCUCUCUGCUCACCUCAAAGCUGGCACUCUCUAUUAAGCUAUUAAGCCCCCCCUUUUCCCCCCUCUUCUCUUAUUUACAUCUCCACUUCCCCUUUCCCCCUCCAUUCUCUCUCUCUUCACUUGGAAGAGGGGAAAAAUAUAAUGAGUAUUUGACAAGCUUUUAUUAAACAAAGAAGUGAGCAUUUUAAUGGUUGAUCAUUAUACAUCAACCAUGGCUGCCUCUCCUAAUUCUAUCUCUUCUGCUGAAAAGAAACAUUGGUGGAUUAGCAAUAGAAAGAUUGUUGAUAAAUAUAUAAAAGACGCAAAGUUUCUGAUUGCCACACAAGAACAUAGCGAGAUUGCUUCUGCAGUUAGCCUUCUUGACGCUGCACUUGCUUUAUUACCUCGUUUUGAGCUGGCUUUAGAGUUGAAAGCUCGAUCUUUGCUUUACCUACGACGAUUUAAGGAUGUUGCUGAUAUGCUACAAGACUACAUUCCCAGUAUGAAAAUGUCCUCCGAUGAAACAUCAUCGUCGACAUCGUCUUCUGGUUCAUCGGAGAAUUCGUCGUCGCAGUUUUCGAGGGAGCGAAUGAAGCUUCUCUCGUCGGGGAGUGAAUCACCGGGUAGAGAGGAGCCCGGGUUCAAGUGCUUUUCGGUUUCCGAUUUGAAGAAGAAAGUUAUGGCUGGACUGUGCAAGAACUGUGAUAAAGAAGGGCAAUGGAGGUACUUGGUUCUUGGUCAGGCUUGUUGCCAUUUGGGUCUUAUGGAAGACGCAAUGGUGUUGUUGCAGACGGGUAAACGCAUUGCGACGGAUGCAUUCCGUCGCGAAAGCAUUUGCUGGUCGGAUGAUAGUUUUUCGUUUGCCAAAUUUCCAAUCUCUGGCGAGCCGAGCACCGGAAAUAGCCAGCCUCCGGCUCCUCCUAAGACGGAGUCGGAGAGCAUUUCUCAACUGCUCAGCCAUAUCAAACUCCUGCUCCGUCGAAAAACGGCUGCAAUUGCUGCUCUUGAUGCAGGUCUUUAUUCAGAAGCCAUAAGACAUUUCUCUAAAAUUGUGGAUGGUCGUCGUGGGGCUCCACAAGGGUUCUUAGCAGAAUGCUAUGUGCAUCGGGCUUCAGCAUAUCGAUCUUCUGGUCGAAUCGCUGAGGCAAUAGCUGAUUGUAAUCGAACAUUAGCGUUAGACCCUUCGUGCAUUGAUGCUCUUAGAACUAGAGCUGCUUUGUUUGAAGCUAUCCGAUGCUUGCCCGACAGUCUUCACGAUCUUGAGCACUUAAAGCUCCUGUAUAAUUCAAUCUUACGUGAUAGGAAGUUACCUGGACCUGUAUGGAAGCAUCAAUGUGUGCAAUACAGGGAGAUUCCAGGGAGGCUUUGUUCAUUGGGUGCUAAAAUGCAAGAAUUGAAGCAGAGAGUUGCUUCUGGUGAAACGGGGAAUGUUGAUUACUAUGCAUUGAUUGGUUUGAGGCGGGGUUGUUCAAGAUCCGAACUGGAAAGAGCACAUCUACUGCUCACUUUAAGACACAAACCUGAUAAGUCAACAAGUUUUGUGGAGAGGUGUGAGUUUGCGGAUGAGAAGGAUGUUGAAUCUGUAAGGGAUCGGGCAAAAUUGUCAUCAUUGCUAUUGUAUAGAUUGAUCCAGAAAGGUUAUACAAAAUUAAUGACGACAAUCAUUGAUGAAGAAGCUGCUGAGAAGCAGAGAACUAAAGCAGCAGCUGCAUUACAAGCAAUGCAGCAGCAGCAAGAAGUUCAGCAAACUCAAGAACUACAACAAUCUAGAGCUGAAGCAACCAGCAAUGCAGCAUCAAGAAGAGCAUUAGAGGCUGUUGCAUCGUCAAAUACUACAUCAAGAGUACCUUCAAAGGCUGCUGCUAAUACUACUACAUCAAGAGAGGCUGCUGUUAAUACUACAUCGUGCAGUAACAGCAGCAGGGCAGAAAGCAAGGUGGUGGUGUCAAGCUCAACAAAUGCAUCUUCAUUUCAAGGGGUGUUCUGCAGAGACCUUGCAAUUGUUGGGAAUUUGUUGUCUCAAGCUGGAGCCGGGUUUAAUCGCACAAUUCCAAUGAAAUAUGAGGCAUUGAGCUGCUAAAUGUUAAGGAUACAUCGUAGAAAUCCGAUGGACAUCAGUGAUUUAAUUAAACUUGGACAAUGUUAAUACUAUCGGCUCGCAAGGGAAUCUGAAUUUGGUGUAUCAUUGUACAAAGGGGAAAAAAUGAAUUACUAUUUGCAGCCGGGAAAAUUUUGCUACUACUUUUUAUCUAUUUCUCCCUUGCUCUAUUCUCUUCUUAUAUAUUUGUUUUUUUAUUGUCAAUCUUUUGGUUGCUUUUGCACUACAAUGUAAUGUACAGAGUUAAAUUCAGCCAACCUAAUUUAUCUACCAGUACUCCUUUUGUUCU